UGGGGAGGCAAAUGGUUAAUCUGACGGACUAUGUAGCGGGUGACGUCACACGCUGGUUUCAGCUGCUUUGGGCUGCAGCUCGUAUCAGGAGAAGAAGUAAGCUAGUGCCAACUGCUCUGUGACUUUUAUCCAACAGAUCACCAGCUGCAGCCGGAAAAACAUCCUUAAAAUGGGCAACUGUCAACCUACAAUCGUGCCCUAUGAGGAUUUUGAUGUCGUUGCUGACAUCAAGGCCAUCCGCAAAGCCUGCAAAGGGUUUGGAACUGAUGAGCAGGCCAUCAUUGACAUCCUGGCAAACCGCAGUGCAGACCAGCGUCAGGAAAUCAAAAACGCCUAUUUUGAAAAGUAUGAUGAUGAGUUGGUGGAUGUGUUGAAGAAGGAACUGUCGGGGAACUUUGAGAACGCCAUACUCGCCAUGCUGGACCUGCCCAUUGUCUUUGCUGUGAAGGAGCUGAGGAAGGCCAUGAAGGGAGCGGGCACUGAUGAAGACACCUUGGUGGAGAUCAUCUGCACGGCCACCAACGCUGACAUCGCCAUGUUCAAGGAAUACUACUUUCAAGUGCACGAGCGUGAUCUUGAAGCAGAUAUCGAAGGAGACACAAGUGGGGAUGUAAGGAACCUGCUUACAGCUCUGUUGCAGGGAGACAGAGACGAGAGUUACGACGUGGAUGAGGAGCUGGCUGAAUCAGAUGCUACCUGCCUGUUUGAGGCUGGUGAGGGCAGCUUUGGGACAGAUGAGUCCACUUUCAGCUACAUCCUGGCCUCCAGAAAUUACCUGCAGCUCCAGGCCACCUUCAAGAUUUAUGAGCAGCUUUGUGGAAGUGAAAUCCUGGAUGUCAUUCAGAAUGAGACUUCCGGGACACUUAAGAAAUGCUACAAAGCUCUUGUAAGAGUUGCUAAGAACCCUCAGCUCUACUUUGCCAGACGUUUGAACGCUGCGAUGAAAGGAGCAGGCACUGACGAGGACACCCUUAUUCGCAUCAUUGUGGUUCGCUCUGAGUAUGACUUGGAGACCAUCAAAGACAUGUACCUGGAGAAGUACGAUGUGUCUCUGAAGGAUGCCAUAAAGGAUGAGUGCGGCGGGGACUUUAAACGUCUCCUCGUGGCUAUCUGCCACUAAACAUCUGAGAGUUAGGCAGGGUGGAUGUGGAGAACAUCCAGAGACAGCUGGGUAUGUUUAUACUGAGGGUGCGGCUGUUUUCUGUCCAACUAACGCAGUCAAUGUGACAUUAUGUAGGAUGCAGGAGGGUGAAAGUGAUAGAAUAAUUAGCCAGGCUCAUGUGUUGUCCAAAAUCUAAAUCAUGGUGAAUUUGUGUGGCUCUCUUUUUAAACUUUUUCAACAGACAUUCGUACCGAAAUUGGCAUUAACUCACAAUUACUACACAUUUCUUAAUCAAUAUUUAGCUCCAGUUCUUCACACUUUUACCAGCAUUUACACAGUCAGUUUUCGUCACUGCAAACAAGCACCAAUUUAUACCUUUCCAGGAGCCAACUUUAGUCACACUGACGCAAUUACACUUAAUUUGAUCAGGUUGUUUAAGGCUUGAUAGGAUAAUCACACUCUAGACAUGUUUGUAAACUGGGAGAAAAUCAAAUGUGGCCUCAGUAUGUCUUUCUCCGGUUGCAUUUACUAAUAUAAAAAGACAAUAGUGUUACAUUAUUACCAUUGUUUAAGUAUUACUCUGAUUUUAAAUCUAAUAUUUCUUUAUUUGUGCUUGAUUUCCUUCUAAAACCUUCACCCUCUAUGCCCCAAACUAAGUGACUUCACUAUUGUACCACUUGUGCAAUCAGUCCAUGUGUUUGUGAUUUUGAAAGAAGACAUUUGAAAGUUGGAAGUGAAGGAAUCUUAGCCUUUACCAUGAAGGAUAUGUGAGGGUAGUGGAAUAUGUUCUGAUUUGCAGAGGAGAAUAUAUAUUUUAACAGUUGCUUAUUGAAAGAUACUAUGUUGCAUUUAUAUGAUAGAAAACACUUGAAAAAAUCCAAAUACACCUCACCUUGUUAUAGUUAUAUCGUUUUUUGUAUUUUGCAACUAACACAGAAUGUUUAAAAAUACAUUAUUUAGUUUACUGUUUUAGGUAGGCCAGAGGUUAUAUGAGAAGAAACCUGUAAGAAGCAUUUAACAUCUGGACAGUCUGUGUCGUUAUGUCUCUGUAUAAGGCAGCUUGGAUCUGCUAAAAUGACCACUAUUGCAAACAUCAACCAGGACGCAGGUGGAGUCGUCUGAUUAGAGUCUGCCUCUCUAUAGCCAAAGAAUUUUAGUAAACUUGCAAAUAAAGUUCCCUGUACCAUAA